AUGAGCGUACACUCGCUUGAUUAUGCGCAGCACGGUGUUCCACGACCCGAGGUCGAUGUUGAGGCAGGUCGCCCGUCGAUCAGCUCCCAAGUCUGUCCAGCAGGAAAAGAGAGAGAGGAAACUGCGUCCCCCGCAUUCACCACAGCAGCAGCACGAGUGAACUCCACCGAGACGACAAAACGCCGAGCCAGACGCAAUACCGCCCGGUCAUACCACCCCGAAGGAUUCGCACAAGAUCCCAAUUGGCAGCCAGGAACCGAACCUGGUAUCGACCCAACCAAGCCGCUACCGCCGUACACAUCAGAAUGGGCGUCCAACAUACCCGCGGACCUACACCGACGCUGCCAGAUUACGGUGGUGGAUUUCUCACAACAUGAAAUGCGACAGUAUGAGCUGGACAAUGACACACUGGAGCAAUUUUUGGAGCGGGAGAGAGAGCCCUGGGUGCAAUGCCGGUGGAUCAAUGUCAAUGGGUUGAGCUGGGAUGUGAUCAAGAUUCUUGGAAAUCAUAAGAGAUUACAUCGGCUUGCAAUUGAGGAUGUUGUCCAUACCACUAAUCGCACAAAAGCGGAUUGGUACUCGGACCAUGCCUUCGUCGUACUGACAUUGCAAAAGUUGAUGAAGAUACAAGAAGAGGACUCCUCUGAUUCAGAAGAUGAGGAGGAAACUUCGGUCAAUCGGUGGAGGUCAAGGGACCGGAAAAGCUCUGUGGUCAGUGAGAAGAGCUCGAUUUCGUUGAAGCGACCCACGAAGUGGAAUGUUAUCAUGGCGGCAUUGAAAGACAUUUUCCGAUUCAGGUCCUCCACGAGACAGGAGCGCAAGGAUAAGGCGACAUAUGGAUCGAGCGUUCGUCCUGGGGUUGGACAAACUUCAAACCAGAACUCCCAUUUUGGAAAUGUUGGAACCGCCACAGAAACGACUGCCAGGAGUCUUCAGCGGUAUCGCGGCGGUCCCAAUGAGGAUCGAAUUGAGUUCAUGGAACGCCAUGCUGCACUUGCUGCCAAAGGACUAUGUGUCACUUUGGAACAAGUUUCGAUCUUCCUACAUGCCGAUAAUACGGUGACGUCCUUUUUCGAAACGAGCGCGGAUGACAUCGAGGCGCCAAUUGUCAGGCGCCUCACUUCGCCUGAGACUAUCCUUAGACAGUCGUGCGAUGCCAGUAUGCUUCUGCAGGCCAUUCUCGAUGCCGUGAUUGAUCUUGCGAUUCCAGUGACGAUGGCUUAUCAAGAUGCGAUCGGAGACCUCGAGCUGGAGGUCCUGACUGAUCCAGACAUUGAACAGUCAAAGUCUUUAUAUAUCUUGACAUCCGAGAUUGCUGUUCUGCGGAACUCUAUGCAGCCUAUGGUGGCUGUGAUUAAUGCUCUCCGUGAUCACCGCCCAGCUGGGACUCCUGCGGAACCUGUUGAUCCCCGCCCACAUGUCGGGAUUGUAACGCCAAAUCUGAAGAGUAUUGGAGGCACAAGUGUUACGAUCAGCUCUAUGUGCCAUACGUAUUUGGGCGAUGCCCUAGAUCAUUGCAUUACCAUCGUUGAAGGGUACGAUCAGAUGCGGCGUAACGCUGAUAACAUGAUUGACCUCAUUUUCAAUACUAUUGGUGCCUACCAGAACGAGAGUAUGAAGCAGCUUACUCUUGUGACUUGUCUUUAUCUUCCUAUGACAUUCUUGACAGGUUAUUUCGGAAUGAACUUCACGCAUUUCGGGGCAAUCGAAAACAAUGAAGGAUAUUUCUGGAAGAUUGCAGUACCGUUCGUCUGCGCUACGAUUUUCUUCCUGAUGCGCGACAAAAUCCAGCGCUACGCUGUCAUGCUUGCUCAGCGACGUUUGAUUGUUAGCUCGAGGAAGCAGAGAAGAGAGAGGAAGCAGAAAUAG